UUGCUCUCUCUAUCUCCAUCUUCUUCCUCUUUUCUUAUAAAUGCUCUCACGAGCCUCUCCAUUUCUCUACAUCCAACCAUUCAAAGAAAAAACCAAAGAGAAGAAGAAGAAGAAGAAGAAGAAGAAGAAGGCAAGUAACCAUGGCGGCGACGUCAACGAACAUGACGAGCAGCAUCAAAACAUCAUCUAAUGGAGCUUGGCAAGGUGACAACCCACUCCACUUCUCCUUUCCUCUUCUCAUCAUCCAGAUCAUCCUUGUUCUUAUAGUCAGCCGCUCUCUUUCUCUCCUUCUCAAACCUCUCCGCCAACCCAACGUCAUCGCCGAGAUCGUUGGAGGGAUCUUGUUAGGACCUUCAGCUCUGGGAAGGAUUGAAGCUUUUAAAGCCAGGAUAUUUCCUUCAUGGAGCAUGAUGACGCUGGAGACGGUGGCGAGUCUUGGACUUGUCUAUUUCCUGUUUCUCGUUGGGCUUGAGCUUGAUCUCCGUUCCAUAAAACGAAGUGGUCGCCGAGCUUUAUCCAUUGCCAUGGCUGGCAUAUCUCUCCCCUUCGCUUGUGGCGUUGGCGUCGCCUUCGUUUUCCGUAGCACCGUUCCCGGAGCUGAAGCGGCGAGUUACGCGCCGUUCCUUGUUUUCAUGGGCGUUGCUCUAUCCAUAACUGCUUUCCCAGUGCUCGCCCGGAUUCUGGCCGAGCUUAAACUCCUUACGACACCUCUCGGUGAGACAGCCAUGGCCGCCGCGGCGUUCAACGAUGUUGCUGCCUGGAUUCUCCUUGCUCUGGCCGUUGCUCUCUCCGGCGGGGAACACCACAAGAGCCCGUUGAUGCCCGUGUGGGUUUUGCUCACUGGGGCGGCGUUUGUCGCCGUGCAGAUGGUGUUAGUGCGUCCAUUGAUGUCAUGGGUGGCGAGACGUGCUGACGGGCAAGGCGGAGGGAGUGAGAUGUGGAUAUGUUUGACACUGAUGGCGGUGCUGGUCUCUGGUUUCUUGACGGAUCUUAUUGGGAUUCACGCCAUCUUCGGAGCAUUCAUCUUCGGUUUGACAGUGCCCAAAGAAGGAGACUUCGCCGGAAGGUUGAUUGAGAGAAUAGAAGAUUUCAUCUCUAUUUUGCUUCUACCGCUCUACUUUGCAUCCAGUGGACUCAAAACAAACGUCGCAUCUAUAAACGGAGGCAGGGCUUGGGGUCUACUUGCUCUAGUCAUCUCCACUGCUUGCGCCGGAAAGAUCAUCGGCACGUUUGCUGUCGCCCUUGCAUGCAAGUUGCCGCUGAAUGAGGCUUUCGCUUUAGGAGUUCUUAUGAAUACUAAAGGUCUCGUUGAACUCAUCGUCCUCAACAUCGGUAAAGAGAGAAAAGUGCUAAACGAGGAGACGUUUGCUAUAAUGGUGUUAAUGGCGAUAGUCACGACGUUCAUAACGACGCCGGCGGUGAUGGCGGUGUAUAAGCCGGCACGGCACUACAACCAACAGGACAAGUCCGGCAAGCUCUCGUGUGCUUCUUCGUCGUCGUCCUUCUUCAAGGACCCCAAAGAGUUAAGGGUGCUUGCAUGUGUCCAUGGUCACCGGGAUGUCCCUUCAAUCAUUAACCUCGUUGAGACCAUUCGUGGUGGCACUAAGAAAUCUCCUCUCAAGCUUUACAUUCUCCAUCUCGUUGAGCUCACUGAACGGUCAUCAUCUAUCAUCAUGGCUCAUCGUGAAAGCCGGAACGGGAUUCCGUUCAAUAACCCUCGCCGUGCAUCUCGUGACCAAAUCGGUUUGGCGUUCCAGGCUUAUGGGUCCCUUGGCCGAGUCCGGGUCCGACCCAUGACGGCUGUGUCAGCGAUGCCGACCAUGCAUGAGGACGUGUGCAACGUGGCUGAAAACAAACGGGCGGCGUUGGUGGUGAUGCCGUUUCACAAGCACCGUGCGGCCGGAGAAGAUGCCGGGAUGGAGAACGCUGGGCCAGUGUGGAGAGCUGUGAACCAGAGGGUUUUGAAGGAGGCGACGUGUACAGUGGCUGUGUUGGUGGACCGUGGGUUCGGUGGGGAGAGACAGGUGGGGCCAGCGGAGGUGGCGCAUGGAGUGUGUGUUGUGUUCUUUGGUGGUCCAGAUGACAGAGAAGCACUGGAACUGGCCGGAAGGAUGGCGGAGCAUCCCGGUGUGACAGUCACGGCAGUGAGGUUUGUCACAGAUGGAGAGCCUGCUGUUAAGCUUCGUCCGUCGCCGUUGAAGAGCACGGAGAAGAGAUACACCUUCUCGACGGCAGUGGAUGGUAUGGAUCACGAGAGAGAAAAGGAGCUGGAUGAUGCGGCGGUGGAGGAGUUCACGAGGAGAACAGAAGGAGCGGUGAGGUACGAGGAGAGGCUGGCGAGGAACGUAGUGGAAGCGGUGCUGGGACUGGGGAGGAGUAAAGAGUAUGAGCUGAUAGUGGUGGGGAAAGGGAGGUUUCCGUCGGCGAUGGUGGCGGAGUUGGCGGGGAGAACGGCGGAGCAUGCGGAGUUAGGGCCAAUUGGGGAUGCUUUGGCGUCGUCGAACAAUGGAGUGGUUUGUUCGGUGCUUGUGGUGCAGCAACAUGAUGUUGUGCACUCGGAGGAGACGCCGGUGUCUUUGGUCAUGCAUGGAGAUGAUGUCACCGUCGACGCGCACAGUGGUGAGCACGAGGUCACAAGUGGCCAAUCGUAGGUAUUUAGAGUGCGUGCUUGUGUAUGUACAGGCAGUACAGUAUGUAUCUUUGUAUUCGUGGAGUAUAAUUGUGGCCAAUCAGGUAUCAGAUUAAGGUUACAGCUUACAAUGUA